AUGCCGCCUCCCGAGCCGUCAUCGUUCAGCGCCUACAACCCGUCUCUGGACGGCUCGUCGCCGACUCGACCAUGGACCCCAUCACGACCGUGGACGCCGCCGCGACCGUCUUCAGAGUACAGCCGCCCGCCGCCAGUCAGCACCCGGUAUGAACCAGCAGAUCUCAACGGCAGCCCCAGACCAGGCACCCCGGCCUCAACAUACGGCGGCAGUCCUCGACGUCCAUUACCGCCUGCGCCCCUCUUCUCGACGGGUGUCCGCAGCUCCGGCCACUCGUUUGCAGACGACGCGACAGUGAGCAUCCCGCUGGCCGAGGACCCCGACGACGUGUUUGCACCCGAGUCGGACCUGAGCGAGAGACACGGCCGUGAAUCGUACGCGCAGUCACAGGUAACGCUGAGCGAGACCCCGACGGACGAGCCGGUCAAGGAGAAGGUGGAGCGCUACGGGCCCGCGCCCGAGGGCAAGCAGGAGCGCCGGGGUGUUCGCGCGCCGCAGAUGAGCAAGAAGGAGGUGCAGCUGAUCAACGGCGAGCUCGUGCUCGAGUGCAAAAUCCCCACGAUUCUCUACAGCUUCCUGCCGCGCCGCGACGAGAUUGAGUUCACGCACAUGCGCUAUACGGCCGUGACGUGCGAUCCGGACGACUUUGUUGAGAGAGGCUACAAGCUGCGCCAGAACAUUGGGCGGACGGCGCGCGAGACGGAGCUGUUCAUCUGCAUCACCAUGUACAACGAGGAUGAGUUCAACUUUACGAGGACGAUGCACGCCGUCAUGAAGAACAUUAGCCAUUUCUGCAGCCGCAACAAGAGCCGCACCUGGGGCGAGAACGGAUGGCAGAAGAUUGUCGUCUGCGUCGUGUCGGACGGGCGCGAGAAGAUCCACCCGCGCACCCUCGACGCGCUCGCCGCCAUGGGCGUCUACCAGCACGGCAUCGCGAAAAACUACGUCAACCAGAAGGCGGUGCAGGCCCAUGUGUACGAAUACACGACCCAAGUGUCGCUCGACUCGGACCUCAAGUUCAAGGGCGCCGAGAAGGGCAUUGUGCCGUGCCAGAUCAUUUUUUGUCUCAAGGAGAAAAACCAGAAGAAGCUCAACUCGCAUCGUUGGUUCUUCAAUGCCUUUGGCAAGGCGCUCAACCCGAAUGUGUGCAUCUUGUUGGACGUCGGUACUCGCCCGGCGGGCACGGCGCUGUACCAUCUUUGGAAGGCGUUUGAUACCGACUCCAAUGUGGCCGGGGCAUGCGGCGAGAUCAAGGCUAUGAAGGGUAAACUGGGUGCGAACCUGCUCAAUCCCCUCGUUGCUUCGCAGAACUUCGAGUACAAAAUGUCCAACAUUCUCGACAAGCCGCUGGAAAGCGUCUUUGGCUAUAUUACAGUCCUUCCAGGUGCUCUCAGCGCGUACCGGUAUCAUGCUCUGCAAAACGACGAGACGGGCCACGGCCCUCUCAGCCAGUACUUCAAGGGCGAGACGCUGCACGGGCAGCAUGCCGACGUGUUUACCGCGAACAUGUACCUGGCCGAGGACCGUAUUCUCUGCUGGGAGCUGGUGGCGAAGCGCGGCGAGAGAUGGGUCUUGAAGUACGUCAAGGGGUGCUCGGGCGAGACAGAUGUGCCUGACACGGUCCCUGAAUUCGUCUCGCAGCGGCGACGAUGGCUCAAUGGCGCCUUCUUUGCCGCCGUCUACUCGCUGGUCCACUUCAAGCAGAUCUGGCAGACGGACCACACGGUGGCGCGCAAGAUACUCCUGCACAUCGAGUUCUUUUACCAGUUCAUCCAGCUCAUGUUCACCUACUUCUCGCUCGCCAACUUCUACCUGACAUUUUACUUCAUCGCCGGCGGCCUGGCCGACCCCAACGUCGACCCGUUCGGCGGGCGCGCGGCCCUGUACAUCUUCACCAUCCUCCGCUACGUCUGCGUGCUGCUCAUCUCGACCCAGUUCAUCCUCUCGCUCGGCAACCGGCCGCAGGGCGCCAAAAAGAUGUACCUCGCCUCCAUGAUUAUCUACGCCAUCAUCAUGGCCUACACGACCUUUGCCUGCGUCUUCAUCGUCGUGCGGCAGCUCACCAUGAAGGACGAUCCCAACCUGCAACUCGGUAACAACGUGUUCACCAACCUGAUCGUCUCGAUGGCGUCGACCGUGGGGCUGUACUUUGUCAUGUCCUUUUUGUACCUCGACCCCUGGCACAUGUUCACCUCGUCGCUGCAGUACUUCAUCCUCCUGCCCAGCUACAUCUGCACGCUGCAGAUCUACGCCUUUUGCAACACGCACGACGUCACGUGGGGCACCAAGGGCGACAACGUCAUGCGUACUGAUCUCGGAGGUGCCAUUGGAAAGGGGAGCACGGUCGAGCUGGAAAUGCCCAGCGAGCAGCUCGACAUUGAUUCCGGGUACGACGAGGCUCUGCGGAACCUGCGCGACCGUGUCGAGGUGCCCCCCGCGGGGAUCUCGGAUGAGCAGCUGCAGCAGGACUACUACAAGAGUGUGCGGACGUACAUGGUGGUGUCGUGGCUGAUUGCUAACGCUACGCUGGCUAUGGCCGUCAGCGAGGCCUACGGCGGCAGCUCGAUUGGCGACAAUUUUUAUCUACGCUUCAUCCUCUGGUCCGUGGCGAGCUUGGCCGUGUUCCGUGCAAUUGGCAGCACGACCUUUGCUGUUAUCAAUGUGGUGCACAGCGUCGUCGAGGGCCGCAUCAGGCUUAGUCUGAAGGUGCCCAAGUGGCUUGGUGGACUGGGCAGCAGGAUCAGUGACACCAUGAGCAGUGUUGCUAGUAGUGUCAGGAGGUAA